CAGGAAGACCACGAAAGUUGUGGUUCCAGUUCAACAAAUCGCAGUACCACAGAAAGCAUGAAAUCGGCAGUAAAACCACGGCGAGUUCAGCAAUCUGCUUCUCCUGACCCUGAUUUACCUCCAGGUUAUGUUCAGAGUUUGAUUAGGCGUGUUGUAAACAAUGUUAACAUUGUGAUCAACAAUCUCAUAUUAAAAUAUGUGGAGGAUGAUAUUGUUCUCUCAGUCAAUAUAACUUCUGCAGAAUGCUAUACAGUGGAUGAGUUUUGGGAUCGAGCAUUUAUGGACAUCUCUGCCACCGAUCUGGUACUGAGAAAGAUGAUCAACUUUUCUGACUGCACAGUAUGUCUUGAUAAGAGAAAUGCUAGUGGUAAAAUUGAGUUUUACCAGGAACCUCUGCUGUACAAAUGUUCCUUCAGGACUCGUCUGCAUUUUACUUAUGAUAACCUCAACUCCAAAAUGCCAUCUAUUAUUAAAAUUCACACCUUAGUUGAAAGUUUGAAACUUUCAAUCUCUGAUCAGCAGCUUCCUAUGUUUAUACGUAUAAUGCAACUUGGGAUUGCUCUUUAUUAUGGAGAAAUAGGCAACUUGAAAGACGGGGAAAGUGAAGAUUUGAUUUGCCACACUAAAGAUAUGUUGGGAAAUAUCACAG